AUGUCUGCCAAAGUUACCUACUUUCUAUCCGACGACAUCUCCCUCCACCAUCACCACAACCACAGCCACUUAUACCAUAACCACCAGACCACAUCCAACAUGCCCACUGCCAACAUUGCCGUGCGCCCGCCUUGCCGCGUCCAGACCCGCACUCUGCUGGUGCCUCCCGUCGUUGCUCAGCUCAACAGCAACAAGUGCAGCUCGGGCACCCAUUUUUUCACAACGGCCGUGCUGUUGGACCCGUCCACGCGCGCCGUCGCCGAGGGCCUGCUCGACGGCACCACGGCCAUCACCGGUGUACUCCUCGAUGCGACCACCAUGAUCUUUGCCUUUCCCGACCUGUCUAUUGCGGCAGCCGGAACCUACACCAUGCGCCUUGAUGUCUACGGCAUGCACCCUGACAGCACAGAGGGUGCCACGCUGAUUGCACAGCUCGAGACGACCGAGAUCUCGGUCCACGAUGGUGCGGUACCGAGUCAGCGACCAUCCUCAUCGGAGGAGGACUUGCUACAACAGCUCAGAAACGCUGGGGUCCCACUGUCGCCACCACAAUGA